AUGAUCAUGACCGGCACAGAGCAUCACAUCGCCGGUCUAGGCAACCUACUCGAAUGGACCAACAUCAUCUCCAGCCAGAAUGGACCUCAAGGCUCGACCAUGAGCACCGCGCCGCAGCGCGGCAUGCCCGGGUACGAGAGCUACCUCAACGAGAGGGUCGUGCCACUCCCCGAGAUCCUUCGCGACGGGGGAUAUUUCACAUCAUUCUGUGUUGAUCUGCGGCCGGCAAACAUGCUUGCCAACUCGAACCCCCGACGACUUACACCUCUGGUUUGGCGUCGCAGUAGCUACCGGCGAACCUCACACUAG